GGCUGUCCUGGAGACCCCGCGCUGCCUGCACCUCAAACGUCUCGGUUGUCAUGGAUGAUGAAGACGGCAGGUGCCUUCUAGAUGUAAUUUGUGACCCAGAAGCUCUCAAUGAUUUUCUUCAUGGAUCUGAGACCCAUUUGGACACUGACGACCUUUUGGAUGGUUCGAGUGACCCCUCCAGCUCGUUCUUCUCCACCACUGGGGGACAUGUUCCGGAGGUCCAGCCUGCAGCCCAGCUGUCUGCCGGUGAACCGGCAGGCCUGCCGAGAGUCAGCGUGGACCUGGACUUUCUCGAGGACGAUGACAUCUUGGGUGGAUCCCCGGGUGGAGAAGGUGGUAGCAAUGGCAUUGGGACGAACCACGAGCCAUGUGACAUCCUGCAGCAGAGUUUGGCUGAAGCCAACAUCACAGAGCAGAGCUUGCAGGAGGCAGGUGCCGAGCUGGACCUGGACACUUUUGGAAUUCCAGGCCUCGCGCAGGUGGUUCAGACACUGCCUGACGCUGGUCUCUCUGGAGCUGGAGGCGCUACUGUUGGCGUAGGGAUUGGUGUUGGUGGAGCACCAACAAUUUUCCCUGGCUCUGCCCCGGGCACCACAGCAACCCCUUCCAAUGCCACGGCUGACAUGCUCGGGUCAGUACUAGCUCAGCAGGGCCUUCAGCUCCAGUCCCAGGUCAUGAACAAGGCCAUUAGUGUCCAGCCGUUUAUGCAGUCCAUGGGUCUUGGAAAUGUGACGCUUCAACCCAUUUCAAGUCUCCAGGCUCUUUCUAAUGGGAGUCAGUCAGGACCUUUGGGUAUUGGACAGAUACAGGUUGUGGGCCAGCCUACAGUCAUGACUAUCAACCAGUCUGGGCAGCAAAUCCUGGCUAAGGCCAUGAGUGGAUACCAACUUCACCAGUCUGGACCUGAAGUAUCAGCUGCUGGUUCUCAGGCAGGACUUGGAGCCUCGGGUGGUGGACUUCUAAUCCAAGGAAACAAAGCAACUUUAGCAUCUCCGGCAUUAAAUGGACCAGCUGUUUGUGUCAGCAGCGCAAACAGCAGCAGUGGUACCGUCACGGCUCCUGCUGGACUUGUGGGCUUCGGAGGCGCCCCUCUAAGUACAGGAGUGGCACCUCAGACGCAAAAUCCAGGCCAGAUCAUGCAGAACGUUAUCAUCCAACGCACACCGACACCCAUUCAACCCAAACCAUCCCAGGGGGGAGCCAUCCAAACAAAACUCUACAAACCACCACCACCACAACAACAACAACAACAGCAGCAGCCCCAACAAGCAGCACCCCAGAACCUGCAAAACGAUGCCCAUAAGGCUCUUGGGCUGCAGCAACUUCCAGUUUCUGCAGCUCAGAAUGUAGCCUUCUUCACAGGAAAACCGGGCUCUAAUGUUGUCUUGAGCACUCAAGCCACAGCACAAGGCCCCCAGUUCCAACAAACUCUGUUCAAGCAACAAGCAGCACAACCGUCUGGCAAACCCCUCAGCGUGCAUUUAUUAAACCAACAAGGCAGCAUCGUUAUUCCCUCUCAGACUGUUCUCCAAGGCCAGAACCACCAGUUUCUCCUGCCACAGCUGCAGGCAGGGGGCCAGAUCCUGACCCAGCAUCCCGGGGGCCACAUCAUUACCAGUCAGGGUCCUGGUGGGCAGCUCAUUGCCAACCAGAUUUUAACUGCAAACCAGAACAUCAACUUGAGUCAGGUGCUGGCUUCACAAGGCCACCCCGGGGCUGCCCACAUCCUCUCUGGACCCAUUCAGCUGCAGCCUGGCCAGAUGGGCACACCGACCCUCUUUCAGAUGCCAGUCGCCUCGCUGGCUCAAAGUCAAGGUCAGACACAGACUCCCACUGUCUCUGGUCAUGCCCAGACGGUCAUACAGGGCAUGCCGAUCCAGAGCUCUCUGACCAUGGUGGGUCAGGUGGAGGGACUAAGCCCUGCAGUCAGCCUCCAGCCAGCCCUGCAGCCCCAGCAGCCGGGUGGAGUCCCCAGCAGUACCGGAGCAGCAGCCAUGGCUCAAGGCCAGCCUGGAGAGACUGUUACUGUGCUGGGCAGCUCAGCAGAGCAAGGCGCUCAUCCCGCUCCACAACUCAUACCACAGACCUCGAUCCUCGCCAUGCAGCCGGCCUCGUCGGUGUCCACGGCUUCCACGGUAGCUUCCUCUUCUCCGUCCACGUCCGUGUCCACCUCUUCUUCUGUCACAGCUGUGGGGCUGGUCCCCCCUCAGGCUCAGAACAGUCCAGGGAGGUUACUGUUCACCAACCAGGCCCCGAGUAUGAUCCUGAGCCAGGAGUCUCUGCAGAUGUUCCUACAGCAGGAGCCGCACCACCAAACAGAGAAUGAGUCAACCCCCUCUGUGGGCGUGCCAGCGUCUGUAAUCGUCAGCAGCAACAGCGUCACCACUGCGGCCCCUGCUGUCCAUGACAGCCAAUUAACUGACUCUUGGGUGGGUCAGAACCACAGUCCUUCCCCCGGCCCCUCCCACAUGACAGCAGUGGUAAAGGUGCCCUCAGCUGGACCUCAGCAGCCUCUGAAGAUUCAGGGCCUGUCCUCCUCACCGGCCUUAACCACCCACACCACAACACCACCGGUGGCAGAAAGUCCCCAGCCUUCCCAGUCUCCUCUGACUCUGAGCCAGCAGAUCCAGUCGCCGCACCAUCAUCAGCAGCAGUCGCGCCCUUCCUCUCAGCCUCAGACUCCCUCGCGCUCCUGCACGCCCUCGUCACAUCCUUCGCUGUUCAUCAUCCAGAACCAGAUCGCCGAGUCCCCCAAACCUGCCGCACAAGGUCAGAUCCAGCAAACGCCGCCGCAGCAGGCGCACAUUCAGGUUCAGCUGCAGCCUCUGCCUCGGCCCGCCUCGCAGCCCGCUUCCUAUCAACAAGAAAUGCCUCCAGUGUCGCAGUCGCCCAAGCCUCUGCCUGCACCGCCCCCCCAGCACCAGUUCACCGCGCCUCCCGUCAGUGUUUGUGCCAACGCCGUGGUGAAAACACAAGUCCCCAUCCAGGGCCUGACAGCAGGGCAGCAGCACCAGCUGCAGGUAGUCGGAGCACAAAUCCAUACUCUGUCCUCCAUCACUCAGCCCUCGCCUCAGCAGAAACAGCUGCUGGAGAAGCUGCACCAGGUCCAGCAGAGCAUCAUGCUCCAGGCGAAACCUCAACCUCAAGCCACAACUCAGUUUAACUCCCAGCAAGACGUGCCUGUUGAUAAAGUGAUGAUUACAUCAUCAUCUUCGGGGAGCGAGGAAGCACCUGCUCAGCUUCCCACAAUGCUGCAGCCGACCUCAGUGCUCAUCAAAACUCCCGCCACAGCUUCAAGUGACUUACAGGUAUUCUCAGGAGUCCAAGGGCCAGCUGGAGCAGCGGUGAAUCAGACUGUCCCUCCUGUCAGCCUUACUCAGCCUACACAGGUUCAGCCAAAGCCAGGAGUGAUCAGCUCAGUCGGGGGUGUGACUCUGGGGAAGGGUGGGAUGAAGAUACAGGUGUUAGGACCUGCCUUGUCUCAGAUGCCUGCUCCACAGCCCCCGGCUCUGGUACAAACUCAGCUCACAUCACAGACAACAACGGUGAAAAUGCCUUUAAGUGCGGAGCCCAGUAGAGAAGCCAGAGUGUUGGAGCAGCUAAGAAAACAUCAGGGUUCGGUGCUUCACCCCAACUACGGCGCUCCGUUCAACUCGUUUGACGACACGCUGCACAGACUGCUGCCUUACCACCUCUACCAGGGAACGGCCAACUCCUCUCAAGAUUAUCAGAAAGUGGACGAUGAAUUUGAGAUGGUCUCCUGCCAGCUGCUCAAAAGGACCCAGGCCAUGCUGGACAAGUAUCGUUACCUGCUCUUUGCAGAGUCCAAACAGAGACUGGGCCCCUCGGCAGAGAUGGUGAUGAUCGACAGGAUGUUCAUCCAGGAGGAGAAGAUGGCCUUGAGCCAGGACAGGGUUUUGGCUAAAGAGCGACCAGAAGAGUUCGUAGCGAGUGUGCGGAUGUUGGAGAGCGGAGAUUCAUCCCAACAGAAGUUGUCGCCUCCUGAGGUCUCCUCAGUGAGUUUAGGGUCAUCGGUUUCUGCUCCUGCUCUGGUUCCUGCCGCUCCCGUCCCGGCUCCUCUACCCAACGUUGCACCAAACCCUCCUCUUGCUCCUACACCUCCUCUGGCUCCGGCUCCUGCUCCUCCUUCUCAUUCCCCUUUCCCCCCAACCAAACUGGUUAUAAAGCAGGGUGGAGGCGGAGCGUCGGUGUCCUGGUCCACCAGCUGUCCUCCUGCUGCAGCGUCCAAGCCCGUGGCCGAACCCGUCAGCCAAAGCUCCGCGUUCAGUCGUUCUCCCGCGGCGUCGUCUUCAGCCGACGACGACGACGCGCUCCCUCAACGGAUCAGCAAACCGCCCAUCAAGACCUACGAGGCUCGCAGGAGAAUUGGCCUGAAGCUAAAGAUCAAGCAGGACCAGACGGGUUUCAGCAAGGUGGUCCACAACACUGCCCUGGACCCGGAGCACACACCCCAGCCCCAGCUGAGCAGCCGGUCCACACCAGAGCCUCGGGUUCAGUCAGAAGCUGCAAAGACCCACCUUCCAUCGUCUCCUCCCACUGUCAGAGCUCAGUCUCCCGUCUGCACAGCUGCUUCUGGGUUUUCGGUUACCAUGACAACCACUCAGUGUAACCCCCCGCUGAGGGGUAACGCUCCCCCCGAUGCAGCGUCCUCCUCCUCGACACAGAUGAACGGGACGUUAGAACACCACAGCUUGGGCGGGGUCAAACACAACCCUGCUUCAACCGCCACCCCCCCACAAACCACCUGCAGACUGCCCCUUCGAAAAACCUACCGGGAAAACAUCAGCCCCCGGGUCAGACCUGGGGUCCUAGGAGGAGAAGGGGAUAGUUUGUCCUACCCCAGAACCACGCCGUCUCUCCCCAGGCACGAGGCCACCACGCCCCCCUCGGAGCGGACAGUGAUAGCGAGCAUAAAGGUGGAUAAAAGAGACCGGGGGGGCUUGCACGCUCACACAGAGUCGAGCCACGACAGCGGGAACUUGGGGCUGGACCGAAUGAACGAGGUGUUUAACCGCGGAAUCAAACCCGCGCAGCACCAUCACCUCUCUCUGCUCCUGAACAGGGAGGGGGCAAAGGACCGGGGGGAGGAGCACACAGGCCAAGAGACAGACGUCAGUAAAUACAAAAGAUUAAAUGAAAAAAACAGACAUAGGACUGGAAGGACAUUCCGAAUGGACCAACACGCCCCCGGGCCCCCCUCUCCGGAGCCCUCCUUCACUCGAGACUCUCUGCUUCCUGCCAAACGCUGCAAAUCGGACUCCCCCGACAUGGACAACGCCAGCUUCUCCAGCGGCAGCCCGCCGGACGACUCUCUGAACGAGCACCUGCAGUGUGCCAUCGACAGCAUCCUCAACCUGCAGCAGGAGCCCUCCACCUGCGGGCUUCACAUCAAAGGGGGCGGCGGCAGGCCCCACCCACACCAAAGUCAGCGCUCGGGGGAUUUGGCCGCCUCUUCUCUCAGACCUUCGAUCGCAGCCCCCUCGUCUGCUUCCCCGUCGUCCUCGUUGACCCAGCACCCUCAGGUUGGGGGCCGAGGACACAACGGCAGCCUGGUGCCCCAGACUCAAAGCAGAUAACAGCCCCUCAGGCUGGACUGACGGGGGGGUCACUAAGACGGUUUAGGAGGCACUGCAGCAUCACUGCACCACUGUGCCGCGCUGCGUUGGGUGUGUUUGUCCCUUUGAAUUGUCCAGACGUUUCUUUCUCACGCAGUCCCAACUUCCACUAUAAAUGUAAAAACUGCAGAUUGGAAUACGCUGACAUUUUCACGUUUUUUUCCCCCGGUCCUACUUUAGAUAAAAUCUGUUCUUUUAUUCUUUUUCACUUUUUCUUUCUGCACGUGAACAUUCCUCUCCCGUGGUCCGAGCAGCAGUUUCUGUCCACAGAACCGUGUCCCGCUGAGCAUCAGUCAGGCAGCUCGUUCCAGCAGUUCUCAGAAGAUUAACGGAAACACAUCUGAGGCGCGCCUGUUCAGUUUAACACAAAACGCUAAUCAGCCAAUCACACGGCAGCUAAUCUCAGAUUUAGGCAUCCAGACGCAGCAAAGACGACUUCCUGAAGUUUAAUCUGAGCAUCAGAACGAGGAGGAAAUGAGGAUUUUAGUGAUAUCAAACGUGGCGUUGUUUUG